AUGUGCAAGGUCGUGUCCUUGCCGGACUGGGAGAGCAUUUUCAGGAUGGUGCAGUGGGGGCUUCCCAUCCCUGGUUUCUGGCGGGCCCCCCCCCGCCAUGGCUGGAGGCCUGGGGUUCGAGCUGGGAAGUCGGUGCAGGUGAAGGAAGCAUUUGCCGACCCAAACUCUGCACGACGAGCUUCUCUGCAGAAAAAUCCAGCCAGCUGGCCCCAGUCUCCAGGGCAGCAACCGCCAGCUUCUCUCCUGGGAGUGACAGAGAGAGAUUGGUUGGGUUUCCUGGAGAAUUCUCACCUCUUGCCCUGGGUGAAAUCCACCCACCAGGCUGCCAGCGGCGAAGCUCCAAUUUCAGGGCCCAGUCCUGCCCAGAGAGGUGUGCUGGAGGUGGCGGCCCGUGGUGGCUUUGCCAAGGGGCGAGGGCAGGCAAUUGCCCAAGAGGAGGAGCAACUGGGGCCUAUCGGCUUUUCCUUCUGGGUCCGUGCGCAGUGCGGUGACUUUAACGCAGAGAUUAGGGAAGAGGACCGAAGCCCCCUGCCCACAUCCCCACCACUGCCUUUCUCAGUCAUUCCUGGGGGCUUCAAGCAGCUGGUGCGGAAGACUGAAAAGGAGUCAAAAGAAGUGAAGCUGAGUGAGAAAGUUACCUUAAAUUCCCAGGAAGAUCCUGUCAUUGGGCCCGUGCAGCAGUUUGUGAUCCAGGACACCGACAUUUUGGAAGUGGGCAGGGGCAUGGCCAGCAGCAAGGGGCGGCUGGUGCAGGGCAGGUUGAACGGGGAGAAGCCUGCAGGGGAAGGGGUGGCGGAGCUCAGGAGGGGCCCCCAGAGAAGGAACGCCAAGCUGUCUGGGCCUGAUCCGGUUCUGGCGCCGUGUCCCAAAGCCUUGGCUGCAGAAGCAGGCAAAGGUGCUGCAGAGUCCGGGCCUGCCACCAAAACCACGAAGGGGAGGCCACCCCAGAGCCAGCGCUUCGAAAGCCCCGCAAAGGAGAACGCCAAAGGGAGGACCGAGUGGAAGGGCCUGCUCCAGCAGGGCAAGGGGGCAGAAGGGACAGGGAAGGGGAAGGAGUCAGGGGGAGUCCGAGAGAAGGUGGGAGAGAAGAGGAAACCGACGGAAGAAGGCCACAAGAGGCCCGGAGAGAGGGAAGGGGAGGUGGCUGAAGCCAAGAAGAUGCCAGGAGAGGGGUUGGCAGUGACCAGCAGGGAAGGGGGAGAUGCCAGGCAGGAACCUGAAGGGAUCCAGCAAGCGGACCUUCCAUUUGGAGGAAGAAGGGAUCAGGGAUCCUCCACAGCAGAGGCUAAGGACAAGUUGGAAGAAACAGAAAAGGUGUUGGCGGGAGAGAGGCAAGGCGAUCCAGAAGGGACUCCUGAUUCUAGCAAGGUCCCCGAGGACGUGUGGUAUGAAACGGAGAAGGUCUGGCUGGCCCAGAAGGAUAAAUUCACUCUUGCCACUGAACUAAAGCCAGAUGUGGGGACUCUGGAGCUGCCUCCAGGAAUCGUGCGGGUUCGCGUGGACGCUGAUGGCUCCGUUGUUGAGGUGGAUGAAGAAAACGUCCAGAAAGCCAAUCCAUCCAGCCUGGACUACGCUGAGGACCUGGCGGCUCUGGUCAGCCUGAACGAGGCGAGCGUCCUCCAUGUUCUCCACCAGAGGUACCAGUCGCAGCUGCUCUACACGUACUCUGGUCCUCACCUGAUAGCCCUCAAGCCGCCUUCUCCCGUGGCCAACAGCUCCAAAAAGGCCUUCCAAGGCAGGAAGGACAAGAUGUCUCCACACAUCUUUGCCAUGGCCCAGAGAGCCUACUGGAACAUGCUGAUUCAGCGGCAGGAUCAGACCAUUGUGCCCCUGGGCAGGAGCAACACCGGAAAGACCACCUCUUGCCAGAACAUCCUGGAAUACCUUGUGGCCACUGCAGGCAGUAUGGACAACCAGGUCACAGUGGAGAAGAUCCAGGCCAUGUUCACAGUGCUCAGAGCCUUUGGAACAGUGUCCACUGGCCUUAACAAGGCCUCCACCCGCUUCUCCAUGGUCAUGGCGCUGGAUUUCAGUGCCACUGGGCGUGUAACAGCUGCUCAUCUCCAGACGAUGCUGCUCGAGCGAGCCCGCGUGGCGCAGCAGCCCGAGGGAGAAGGCACCUUCAACGUCUUCAUGCAGAUGCUGGCGGGGCUGGGCUUGGACCAGAGGUCAACGUUACAUCUGCAUCAGAUGGCGGAGAACAGCUCCUUCGGCAUCCGACCAUGCCUAAACGGAGAAGAGAAGCAGGAGGCGUCUGCUGCCUUCUCUCAGCUCCGAGCUGCCCUGGGGACCCUGGGCAUCGUGGCAGCGGAGCAGGAAGCCCUGUGGCGCGUCUUGGCUGGCAUUUAUCACCUGGGAGCUGCUGGCGCCUGCAAAGUGGGUCGGAAGCAGUUCCUGAAGUUUGAGUGGGCUGACCGUGCGGCAGAUGUCCUGGGCUGCGAGGUGGAGGAGCUGACGACAGCCGUCUUCAAGCACCACCUCCAGCGGAUUAUUGAACAGGUCACUGCUGGAGCCGGCGUGGAGCUCAAGCAAGACCAGGAACCGAUGGACGGUCCGAAGCUGACCGGGGUGGAGUGCCUGGAGGGCAUGGCUGCUGGGCUGUACGAGGAGCUGUUUGCGGCUGUCGUGACGCUGAUCAACAGGUCCUUCUCCUCGAGCCACCUCUCCACGGCCUCCCUGAUGGUGGUGGACGCCCCCGGCUUCCUCAGCCCCCGGCACCGGCAGAGCACGCGGGCAGCCACCUUCGAGGAGCUCUGCCACAACUACGGGCAGGAGCGGCUGCAGGCGCUCUUCUACAAGGCUGCCUUGGAGUCCAAAGUGGGGAGGUUCCAGGAGGAAAAUGUCGGAGUGCCUUUUGAUCUGCCCGAACUCUCACCUGCUGCCGCAGUGGCCCUCGUGGAUCAAAACCCGUCCCUGACGCCUCUCUCUUCCGGGGGCUCGUCCGAAGACCCCAAGGGGCUGCUCUGGAUCCUGGAUGAGGAGGCCCUGAUCCGAGGCUCAGAUGACGGCAGGGCCCUCGACCGCCUGUGCUUGGCCUUUGGGAAGGAAGGGGUGAGCACGGAAGAGGAAGGAGUCCUGCGCAGGUGUGAGCAGCCUCUGCAGUUCGAGGUAGCCCACUGGCUGGGCAAGGACCCCGUCCGCUAUGAUGCCACCAGCUGGGUGAAUAAGGCCAAGUGGAACCUCUCCGUGCAAAACGCCAUUCAGCUCCUUCAGCAGUCCAGGAUAGAAGCUCUGAGAAAGGUCUUCCUGCCACGCUCCGGCGUGCCUCUGGUCUGCCGGUCGGUGGCAGGCUUGGAGGGGCACUCGCAGCAAGCUUUGCAGCGUAUCGGCUGCGUGAGAAAAACGUUCACCAGCAGCUUUGCAGCCGUGAGGAAGAAGUCCGUGUGUGCCCAGAUCAAGCUUCAGCUGGAUGCUCUCAGCAAUUUGGUGAAGCGAUCUCAGAUCCACUUUCUCCACUGCCUGGACCCGGGAACGCUGGACGAGGCUCGGCCACCCACACAGACACCAUCGGAAGCCACCCCGGUGACGGUGUGGGACACUCCUGCCCUGCGCGCCCAGCUCUCUGGCAGCCUGAUCCUGGAGGCGUUGCGGCUCUACAGAGUUGGAUAUGCGGAUCGCAUGGCACUGACCCAGUUCCGGCGGCGCUUCCAGAUCUUGGCUCAGCCAGAGAUGAAGAAGUUCACCUCAGCCUACGAAGGGACAGAUGAGAAGAAGGCUCUGGAGGAACUCUUCCAGGCCCUCAAUUUGGAGAAGAAGAGCUUUGUGGUAGGCCACACUCAGGUCUUCCUGAAAACAGGCGUCCUUCCCCAGCUGGAGAAGCAGAGAGAGAAGCUGGUGUCACAGAACUUGGUCUUUCUCCAGGCAGCCUGCAAAGGGUUCCUCUCUCGUCAGAAGUUCAAGAAAUUAAAGAUCCAGGGUCUGGCUGCCCGGUGCAUCCAGAAGAACUUGGCUGUCUUCCAAGCUGUGAAGAACUGGUGGUGGUGGCAGCUGAUGUGCAGAGUCCGGCCACUCCUGACCAUCAGUGUGGCAGAAGGCCAGCUCCAAGCCAAGGAGGAGGAACUUGCCGCACUCCGAAAGAAGUUGGAAAACUCAGAAAUUUCUCGCCAGGAGCUUCGGCAGAACACCGAAUUGCUGGAGACCAAGAUCAUCGACCUCACGGCAGAGCUGUCGGACGAGCGCUUGAAAGGAGACGUCGCCUGCCAAGCACUGCAAGGGGAACGGGCUGAGAGGCUCCGGGCAUCGAAGGAGGCCAAGGAGCUGCAGAGCAAGCAGCACCAACUUCAGAAACAGCUGGAGACGGCCGAAAAGCAGCUGGAGGAAGCACAACAGCAGCUUCAGCUACACGAGACUGGUGCCAACAGCUCUGGGCAAGGGGGCGAGUGGCAGAUGCGCCUGGACUGCGCAGAGACCGAGAUUGCAUUUCUGCGGAAAAGGGUCACCCAGCUGGAAGAAAGGCUGGAGCGGGAGCAGCAGUCCAAGGCGGACUUGGAGCAAAAGUUCAGCGAGGCCCAGCAACUCUACGAGGAGGCCCGGCGGACGGCCCGGCGGCUGAAACAGAAGUGUAAGCAGCUGACGUGCGAGCUGGACGAUGCCCGGGUGCUGAUGGAGAACCAGCAAAGCCGCAACCACGAGCUGGAGAAGAAGCAGCAGAAGUUCGACAUGCAGUUGGCGCAGGCCCUGGGGGAGUCGGCCUUCGAGAAGGGCCUCCGCGAGAAAGUGGUGCAGGAGAACACCGGCCUCCAGUUCCAGCUGGGCAGGCUGCAGCAGAGCCUCGAGCAAAAAGAGUUGGAAAAGGACGACCUCAGCCGACGGGUGGCGAUGCUGAGCUCCCAAGUGGAGGAGCUCAGCUCCUCUGGCGGCCUGGAUGCCAGCACCACGGCCGCUCUGCAGAAGAAGCUGUGGGACCUCGAAUCCAGAGCCUCGGAGCAGCAGCAGGAGCUGAGCCAGCAGGCGAGCGCCGUGGAGCAGCUGGAGCAGCUUCACCUGCGACUCGAAUUGGAAAUUGAGAGGACGAAGCAGAUCCACCAGAAGGAGCUGGAGGACAAGGAGGAGGAGCUGGAGGACACCCGCAAGUCCUGCCAGAAGAGGCUUCGCCAGCUGGAGAUGCAGUGCGAACAGGAGUGUGAAGAGAAGCGGACGAUCCUGCUUGAGAAGCGGGACCUGGAGGGCCUCGUUGCCACUCUCUGUGAGCAGAUCGGCCACCGGGACUUCGACGUGGAGAAGCGACUCCGGCGCGACCUGAAAAGGACCCGCGCCUUGCUGGCAGACGUCCAGCUGCUGCUGGAGACCUCUGGGGCAGACCCGUGCCCAUCGGGAAGUCCGGAGGAGUGGGCCAAGCUUCGCGGCCAGUGGGAAGAGAGCACAGCCAGAUGUGCUGAAGCCCAGGAGUCCCAGAAGAUGCUGUCGCUUGAGGUGGAGAAUUUGCAUUCGGAGCUGGAGGCUGCCACCAGGAACAAAAACUUGGUCGACGAACAGCUGUACCAACUCCAGCAUGCGAAAGCUGACCUGCUCAAGCGCAUCGAGGAGGACCAGGAAGAUCUGAAUGAGCUGAUGGCGAAGCACAAAGCUUUGAUUGCACAGUCGGCAACUGACAUCACCCAAAUCCGAGAGCUGCAGAUGCAGCUGGAGGAGGUGAAGAGGGAGAAGCAUGCCUUGCAGGAGAAACUGCAGGCAGCUCAGGCCCGGUUGUCCUACCUGGAGCAAGCCAUGGUGGAGCGGUCCAUUGUCAGCCGCCAGGAGGCCUUGAUCUGCGACCUGGAGAACAAGAUGGAGUUCCAGAGCGUUCAGAUCAAGAGGUUUGAGGUGCUGGUGCUCCGUCUCCGGGACAGCGUGAUCAAGGUGGGCGAGGAGCUGGAGAAGGCGAGGGAAGGCGAGGCACAUGAGCGGGAGAACGCGCACUACUACCGGCUGCGGCUGGAGGAAAUGAAGGCCCAUGCAAGCGAGUUGGCGCAGAGGGAGCUGGAGGCCAGUCGCAAGCGGGUGGACCUGGAGAAGCAAGUGGAUGAGCUCUCAGCGGUGAGACAGACUUUGCAGGCGGACCUGGAGACCUCGAUCCGGCGCAUUGCGGACCUGCAGGCCGCUCUGGAGGAAGUACAAUCAAGCGAUGAGAGCGAGGCAGAGAGCAUCCAGACGGCCCGGGAUUCCCUCGGUCCACGGCAGGAGAUGGACAGUCAGUUGAGCUUGGGUUCGAGCUCAACACUGAGCUUAAAUCUGGAGUCUGAAGGAAGUGUCGGGUCAUGGCUGGAGACUCCAUCAGGCUGGACCUCCCCAUCAGCCCCCAGCCUGGCUGGAAGCACAUCUCAGCUCUCCACCGACAGCCGGAGCAUCCAAAGCUGGAGGGUGAGCAAGGAUCAAGAGAAGAGCUGGCAGCCAAUGUCAACGCUCAAUGCAAAAAGAAAGGAAUAUGGGAGAUGUGCAGGGGACUCUGCUUUCAGCAAAGCUGAAAGUCCUUCCACGGGCACUCCAAGGCGUGAAUAUGGGAAGCCCAUUUGCAAAGAUGAAUUUGACAGCACCCCCAAAUUGGAUGGUGCAUCAUCAUCGGUAAUGAGACAGGUGUCAUCUCCAGCAGCAGCUGAAGAGAAGUUUCCAAGCCCUUUAUCUCCAUCUCUGAACAGAAGAGUAUCUCCUUUGGCAGAGGACAAGCUGUCCCGCUCCUCCUCUGCGCUUUCUGAGUACGUUGAAAAGCUGCGGACAAAAAGAUUGAAAGACAAAGAGCCUUUGGAUGAGGCCUCCUCUUUGCCCAUUUACCAAACAACAGGGGCUUCCUUCCUAAGAAGAUGCAGGACUUUGAAGGACAGUGAAGAUUUUCAAAUAAACCUGGAUGACCUUGGUGCAAAUCCUGGAGUUGGCUUGGUUCGCACCUCCAGUUUGAGAAGCAUCUCAUCGGAUUGCAUGGUGCGGCCUUCCCUCUCCCCAGCUCUGAAAAGGGCCUCCAGGUUUGGCUCCUGUGACUCCCUUGUCCAGAACAUAGAUGACACUUACCCAAAACUUGGCUCUCCGAUCCUGGGCGGAGACAUAGUCAGCACAUCACGACAAAGGCCGUGGAGAAGUUGCCUGGAGCCCUCUUUGGAAGAAAGCAUGGAUUUUGGGAAAGAACCUCUGAUGUUUCAGAGCAAGAGACUGGGUGAGAUUCCAAGUGAAGGAAAGGAUCCGUUUUCUUGGAAAAUACCAACACUAAGUUACGAGCGAAAAACAGAUGCUGACUUAGACGACUUUCUCCCAGCCAUCCGAAAAGCCCAGUCCACCAGUAGCUUGUCCAGAGGUCCCAAGGAGAGGAAGGACGGACAGCGGCCCCCGAGUGUCCAUUUUGAAGACCAAGUUACCCCUCCCCGCACCUUCUUAUCUGAGAUAAAGACCGUUUUAUCUCCGCAGUCGAGAUCUAAAGAGGACCCUGGAAAUCUCUCUGACUCAUCUUCCUCCUCUGGCUCAGGGGUAUCUUUCAAAAGCGCUGACAGCAUCAAGUGUCGGCCUAAAGCUCAAAGGCAGGAAGGGGAAGGAUGUGUUGGGAAAGGAAGCACUGAAGGCACUAAAGUUGACUCCCGGUCUGAGGCUGAAGGGAAAGAAGAUGACGUAACCAGUAUCAUGAUGAAAUACCUUGGAAAACAGUAAGGGCUGCAUCAGAAGCAGCAAGAAAAGUGGAUCUGCAAGCAUGGGUUUCUUCUGUAGACAGCGGCGCCUCCCCCACUGGAGCUGCCAGAACCCUAACGCACAACCACCUGUGUGUGUGUGUGUAGGUGUGAGAGAGAGAGAGAGAGAGACUGAUGUGCAGGCCUUACUUGUCAGAAGCUGCCUGGGGAGCUCUCUUGGACUUAGGCCAAAUAAAACAUGUUGGUUCCUGG